AUGGAGGAAUUAAAUUCUGAUCCCAUGAUAACAGCCUAAGCAAAUGAUGCAUACUUGAAUUAAUCAUAAACUGAAUAUUCCUGUAAAGUGGAUGAAACAAAUGGAUAAAGUCCUGCCUGUCUAAUCGCCAAUGAUAAUGCUGUAGAUAAAGAGAUGCCAUAGGUCUUAAUCAUUCUUCUAUCAAACAUUAGUUUUAUUAGUUUGAAUCUAUCUCUCUAUUAAUUAAAUUAUGAUUUAUUAACUUAUGGCAGCUGCUUUAUAUCUGGUAACGAAUAAAGCAUUAAAGUUGAGAUCAAAGCAAUAAAAGUGCAUAAAAAGAAGAGAUACUAUUAAGGAAAGUACCCAAGUAUAAAGGCACUCAUAAUGCUGGACAAAAAGAAUGAAAUGAACAUGAAUCAUACCAGCGAGCAAUCUGAUAAAUAUUUCCCUUAGGCAACCCAUAAAAUUGAGGCUGCGACUCCAAUUAAAAUACUGCAGAAGAUCACUACUCCUGCCACAAGAUUUGCAAUCGAAGUUAUUCCAUAGCAAAAUAUCCAUAAAGCAUAUAAAGUCGAAGAGAUCAUCAUUGAUUUUCUCUCUCCAAAUCUCAUUACUAUUUUAGAAGAAAAGAAAGAACUCAAUCCAAAUACCAUGUAUAGAGUUGACAAACUGUAGUAGCCAAGAUUAUUGAAUCCACAUUCUUUUAGAGCUUUUGAUGCUACAUUCGCAGAAGCCGCAAAAUCUAAAUGA